AUGUGCUCAGAGGUAUAUGAGAGGCAAGACGUCACAGAGGAACUCAGAGAGCAUGACAUCCCCAUGGAGAGCCAAAAACAAGGCAUCACCGUCAAUAAAACAGCAGAUGAAGGACAAAAUGAUUCCACAGAUGGCAUGCAGUAUGAUAAUACAGAUACCUGGGAGAAUGACACUCCUGAGGAAACUUUUGAGAAUGACAUGAUUGACGAAAAACGUCCACAAGACAUCACAGAUGACAACAGACAACACGAAAUCAUAGAAAAUCAAUGUGACAUUGACAGAUCGUUUAAUAUUGUAGAGGACAAGCAAGAAUAUGACAUUACAGAGAAGACUGAAGGCGAAUAUAGGAGAACCAAAUCGAAUAGAAGUUCAUACAAAGCUUCUGAUGCCAAACUCAUAAUCAAAACACGUUACCCGGCCACAGCUACAGCGCUAACGUUCCCGUCUACCCUGAUGGACAGAAAUCCCUCUCCCACUCUCAGCGUCCUGCCAUCGUUUUAUGGACCUUCAUUUGGCUAUCGCAUCAGAACCACAUCUGAGCCCUGCCGAUCCAAAACAAGGGCCAGAAAAGCCUGUGAUGACAAUAGAUCUACAGAGCCCAUGAAUGACAUGCGACAUACCAUAGAAAUAAAAGGAAAUCCCUGCUUAUUGAAAACAAGGGCUGGAGUGCCAGUCAGCCCCCACCCCAAAAUAAUGAGCCCUGAGAGGGGGUCCCAGCCUCGUAAAAUCAAAACCACCAAGACAUUUUUGUGGGGACCAGAGGGGCCCCUAGAGACUAAGACAGUGUGUGAGCUACACAGUCCUGUGAACAGGUGGAGAAGCCUGGAUUAA